GGGGCGCUCCGUGCUCUGGCCCGAGGGUGGCACAGAGGACCUGCGCGCGGCGCGCGCGCGCUCCCGGCGCGCGCGCACUCGCGGAGGUCUGCGCCCACGCGGGGUCCAGCGCUGCCCCCGUCUGCUCGCGGAGGCCGCCCGUCGGGCCACCGUGCACGGGCCGCCGGGAGCCAGGCCUACGAGGCCAGCGCCUGCAGCGAUGCCCGCCGCAUGGUCACCCAGAUCAGCGUCGACAGGUGCAGCAGGGUCGACGUUUGGCAAGGUGGCCAUCGUCGACGCGAACAACUGCAAGGAUUGCACGGCCUGGGCCGAGUGGCUACAGCUCGCGGAGGCCCCCGUCGACCGGCUCUUCUACGGGGAGGAGAAGG